UGUGUGUGUGUGUGUGUGUGUGUGUGUGUGUGUGUGUGUGUGUGUGUGUGUGUGUGUGUGUGUUAGCACAGCAGUGCCCAAAUAAGGUGUACAACCCUGCCUCCAGCCCCAGUCUUCCUACCUACACUAGUCUGGCAGAGUGACAGGUGGGAGGGGCGGGAGAGGAGGAGCCGGUGUCAACAGUACCCAGGUAGGCUACAGGUACAGCUACCUCCAGCCCCAGUCUUCCUCCCUACUCUUAGCAGAGGUGGAGGCAGAGGAAACCCAGACAGGUGUCAUGUGUGUAGGCUACGGGCCAUGUGACGGAUGAAAAUAUGAACUGGGCUCUACUCCUUCAGAACGUGCUGGUCACGGUCCAUCUCAGGCAGAUCCUGUGCUACGGUUCUGUUCGGAUCUCGGUUCCAGAGGAGCAGGAGGCUGGGGUCCGGGUCGGGUCCAUCGGGUUCACGUUCCCCCCCCUUUACCAGCUCCUGACCCAGUUCUACCUCAGGGUGGACCAGGAGACAGGGGAUGUCUACACCACUGACAACAGGAUGGACCGAGAGGCCCUGUGUCCUGACCAACCCCAGGCUGGGGAGUGUAUCGUCCCACACGACGCCAUCGUAGGCCCUGAGGCAGAGCUGGUGAAGUUCAUGGUAGUAGUAGAGGACAUCAAUGACCAUGCUCCUCACUUUGACAACACUGAGAUGCAUCUGAGUGUCUCUGAGGAUGUGGCUGUAGGGACCAGUUUCUUAUUGGACGACCAAGCAGAGGACAGAGACAUGGGACGUAACGGACGGCUGCAGUACCACCUAGAGGGAGCCGGUGGGUUUUUCAGUGUGACAGUAGAAGAAGAAGCAGCCAUUUUGUUUUUGGUUGUGCGACAAGGACUAGACCGCGAGAAGCAGGAUCUUCAUGAGAUGACUGUAGUGGCAACAGACUGUGGUUCUACCCCACUAAGCGCCACAGCAACGUUAUUCAUAAAAGUGACUGACGUGAACGAUAACUGCCCAGAGUUUAGCCUGGACAGCACCCAGAAGGUGGUCAUUACAGCGGACACACCCAGAGACACAGUAGUAGCCAGGGUCAGAGCCACGGACCUAGACCUGGGCCCCAACGCUGCCAUUACCUACUCCCUCAGCCCCAAGGUCUCAGAACGGGCCAGGGAACUCUUCAGUCUGGACAGUCACACUGGCCUGAUCAGCCUGAGAGGGGACCUCAGAGACCGCCACAGUGACAGUGUUAGUGACAGGGGAGAGGAGGUGGUGUUGAAAGUGUUAGCCAGCGGCCCCCACUGCCCCCCUGCAGACACUCAGGUAACCGUAUCCCUGCUCCCUGCGCCAUACCAGGAGAAUGGCAUACAGAUCAGGUUCAUAGCAGAGCAUCAAAACCAGACGAUAGUGUUGCAGGAAAACCAGCCCCCCACUGUCUUGGCUUUGCUAGAGCUACCGGGGGAUAGUAGUGUUAGAGGCUCAUCGUAUCUCUCCAUUGAAGGAGAGGUGCCGUUCUCUUUGAGCCUGCAGAAUGGCAAAUACCUCCUGUCGACAUCAAAGCCCUUAGACUACGAGGUGAAGAGUGAAUAUCAUGUUUCUGUAGUGAUGCGUGAUGGUGUUGAAGAGCCUGCAGCUCAGGGCUUCCCCAGGAGAGUGAUCCAGGUUAGGGUGGUGGAUGUGAAUGAUAAUGCUCCACAGUUUCUCCAGAGUCACUAUAUGAUAGACAUAGAGGAGAAUAACCCUCCUGGGGUGUCUCUGCUGAGAGUCAGGGCGCAGGAUGCAGACAGCGGUCAGAACGGGCAGGUCACCUACAAACUGGGUCGACCGUCACACACGGCGGCAGCAAUAGCCCUUUAUAGAAUCGACCAGAACACAGGUCAACUGACAGUUUCUGUACCCCUGGACAGGGAACAACAGGAUGUUCACAGACUGACAGUUGUAGCCAGAGAUAACGGCUUUCCUCCAUUAGAGUCCUCUGUGAUGGUGACAAUCACCGUCCUGGACCAGAAUGAUAAUGCUCCUGUCUUCCUCACCCCUCACUUCAUCUUCUUCAUCCCUGAGAAUAUACCUCCCCUGUCCCGGGUGGGGAAGGUGGGGGUAUCAGACGUGGACGCAGGGCUUAACGGGGAGGUGGAGGUGAGGGUGGUGAACAGCAGUGUCGGCCCCUUCGUCAUAGACAACGCCCAGGGGACGCUGCGCUGCAUGGCCGAUAUCGACCGCGAGAAACAGGACCGCUACGAGUUAGAUCUCUUCGCCACCGACAACGGGCGCCCGUCACCUCUGACCUCCAUCGCCAGGGUAACUGUGUUCAUCGAGGAUGUCAACGACAACCAGCCCCAGGUCAUCCUACCCAGCAGCAACCUGUCGUGUCUCACCGUCUCCACAGGGACCACCACGGGCACCAUGGUAACCAAGAUCUACGCCAUCGACAAGGACUCAGGGUUAAACUCGGAGAUCACAUACACCAUUGCAGCGCGGGAACCACCAGGCACCUCUCCAUCAUCCCAUCACCACGGUGACAGCAGCAGCAGUCCCUUCCAGCUGGAUGCUCGGUCCGGUAACGUGACCUUAGCCCAGAGACUCAUGGGUAAGGACCUGGGGAUGCACCACCUGUUCAUCGUGGUGUCUGACGGUGGGAAACCAGCGCCUCUCCACACCACCGUCUGGGUUAACCUGCUGGUCAACGACACCUUGGAACCAUGCCACCUGGACACCAUGCCCAGAUCCCUGCCCUACAGACUGGCACAGACGCCCUCCGAAACACCCUCCGAGAUGCCCGUCUGCGACAGACACGCUCAGUUGAUCCUGAUGCUAGGCCUGGGCAUGAUGGUGGCCUCGCUCUGUCUGUUUCUGGUGACGGUUGUUUUAUACAUGAAACAGAGGAAGACGUCUAGAGGGGAACCACAGCAGAGGAGGGGGAUAAAUGAGGAGAACCAGAUUCCUCUACGCAUUUCGGAGAGAUAUUACUCAGGAGAAGAGUUAUAACGAGAGAGAGGCAGUGCCUGUUCUGACUGGACUCUACAUUAUGAAUUGUUGACGUUUCUUGUAUACCUUUUUAAAAGUAUGAAAUCAGUUCUACAAUUAAAUACAUUUUCACUA